CUUGAAUGUGAGUGCGUCCAGGGGGAUUCAGACGCCCGCCCGUCACUUCAUCUCACAACGGCUCGUACCAGCUUUGAACUGUUAUGUCAAAUGCACAGUUGACUGUAAGGUGCCUGUUGUGAGGACAGACAGAGCCUCGGGUGACUGAGAACUUCGUGAUUGGAGUGGGAUCCUCGACAACAGCGAGUCCACAUCAGCCUCAGACGGACGCCAGGGACAAGUUGAACCAUAUUGCCCGUCAUGUCUCACCGAGAUAUCGAAAUGGAGGAUGCCAGCUCCACAGAGUCUGAGCGUGGUGGCCCCGGUAGCCAUGCGGACGUGCCCGCUGAUGAGCAAACAGGCAACUAUACAAACAGCAUGUUCGUGCCAAAGGUCAAGCCGGAUCCCGACGCGACACGUUCUGCUUCAUCGCCAGCGCCCACUCUGGACAUGUCUCAAAAACCGAGGUCGAGCCUCAAGAAAAAGGGCACAGCAUCAACCAAGAAGGGUACAGGGAGGAAGCUCGUCAACGGCCACAAACUCAAGGCAGCCAGGGAACGGGCUUCUGAGGGUACGCCCGAGGACGGCAGCUCGGACGCAGACACUGACAAUGGCCCAUAUUGCAUCUGCAGAGGGCCCGACGAUCAUAGGUGGAUGAUAGGGUGCGACGUGUGCGAGGAUUGGUUCCAUGGCACCUGCGUCGACCUAUCGAAAGAGAUUGGCGAGCGGCUCGUCGAGCGCUUCGUCUGCCCUAACUGCACCGACGGGAAAAGCAACUACACAAAAUUCAGAAAGACGUGCUCGUUACCUGGUUGCAAGAAUCAGGCACGACUGUACGGAAUAGCGGAAGAGGAGCGGAGCAUAUUUUGUAGCAGCGAGCAUUGCGACUUGUGGUGGAUAUCGGCAAUCAACAAGUUGCCAACAAGAGCUAGCUCGGGAAAAGCAGUAGAGGCCUUGACGCAAGAGGACUUCAUGGGCCUGCUGGCCAGCACAUCAGAAGAUGGGGCCGGAUGGAAGCUGGGUGACAGUCUCUCUGAUGACACGGAGGGACUCUGGUCAAAUGGACUGCCGACGCAGUCGGGUGUCCUGAGUGAAGAAGAGCAGAACUUUCUUCAACACUCCGCCAGUGAGAGGUUGGCUCUAGGCAACGAAAUUGUGCAGUACAAGAAGAUGAUGCAGGUGGUGGACUGGGCCAAUGAGAGACGGCAAGCAGCCAUCGAAGCUGGCAAGUUCACCAAGGACAGUUGCGGCUAUGACUACCGCCUCGACACGGUGUCUGUAAAGCAUCAGUUUGCCGGCUGGCUCGACAGCCCCGAGGGACAGGCUACCUUCAAGAAAGGGAAGCUGUCAAGCCCUCUGGUCGAUGCAUCGAUACCAAAUGGCCACACCGACAGCUCUGUCACACGUGGCAUGUGCGAGAAGAAGCGCUGCAAGCCGCACACGGGCUGGUACAAGCUGCACAUGAAUGCCAUCCGCCACCUGAUCAAGGAGACGACCACGGCGGCGGCAGAGAAGCUGGAAGCAGAGGAAGUCAUGCGGCAGGAGGCAGAGACCAAAUUUGGCCGCCGCAAGCUCGAACAGAAUUGGGUCGAAGUGUUGGAAUGAACAAUCCCGACUGGACGCGGGUACGAGAGCACAGGCUGCGAUAAUACUAGCAUCCCGUAGCGAAAAUGAUUGUCAAUCCAGAUGCGAUACCAUACCGCGCGGGAAAGAAGCGUGAGGUGGAUAAAGCAGCGUAAUGACAGC